CAGAGACUCGGAGAGGGGAUAAAGACCCAAAGAGAAAGGAGCAGACCUGGAGAGGGGAGGACAAAAGACCAAAGGCCAACUCCUUUCUGCCUGUCUCCCUCAGUGCCAACUCCUCUUCUGGUCACUCACCCCUCUAGGCAAAGAUGUCGGCCCAAGACAGCUGCCUCAGCCUCAUCAAGUACUUCCUCUUCGUUUUCAAUCUCUUCUUUUUCGUACUAGGCAGUCUGAUCUUUUGCUUCGGUAUCUGGAUACUCAUGGACAAGACCAGCUUCGUGUCAUUUGUGGGCUUGUCCUUCAUGCCCCUGCAGAUCUGGUCCAAGGCCCUGGCCGUCUCAGGAAUCCUCACCAUGGGCCUGGCCCUCCUGGGCUGUGUAGGGGCCCUGAAGGAGCUCCGCUGCCUCCUGGGCCUGUAUUUUGGGAUACUGCUGCUCCUGUUUGUCACGCAGAUCACCCUGGGGAUCCUCAUUUCCACUCAGCGGAUCCGGCUGGAGCGGAGAGUGAAGGACAUCGUGCAGGAGACGAUCCAAAACUACCGCGCCAACCCGGAGCAGACGGCGGCGGAGGAGAGCUGGGACUACGUGCAGUUCCAGCUGCGCUGCUGCGGCUGGAACUCUCCUGAGGACUGGGUCCGUGUCCCCAGCCUGAGCAGCAACGAGUCAGAGACGUACCGCGUGCCCUGCUCCUGCUAUAACUCAUCUGCGACCAACGACUCCUCAAUCUUCGAUAAGAUCUCGCUCCCCCAGUUCAGCCGGUUGGGGCCAGUGGCGCGGCCCCGACACAAUACAGACAUUUGCGCGGUCCCGGCAAGCAGCUACACCUACCGUGAGGGCUGCGCGCGGAACCUCCAGAACUGGUUGCACAACAAUUUCAUCUCCAUAGUGGGCAUUUGCCUGGGUGUCGGUCUCCUCGAGCUCAGCUUCAUGACGCUCUCCAUAUUCCUGUGCAGAAACCUGGACCAAGUCUACGACAGGAUCGCUCGGUACCGCUAGGCCACACCCUUCCCAAAGUCCCGUCCUGACCCCUUCAAGUGCUCAGAGCACUUACUUCCUUGUCACCUGUAAAUAUCUGUUUAACCCCUAGUUCUCCCCAGACAUUAAGCCCUCCGCCUCCACAUUACCGCACACACACUGCUGUCACCUCUCCCACGGGAACUGGGGCUUCCGGCCCCCAGUUUCCUGUCCCCAAAGAUACCUCAUUUGUUUCCGGGCCUCAUCAGUCAGCCCACCACUUCCCACAAGAUUAUUUUUCACCCAAACCCCAAAUAAAUCCCCUGUGUUUUGGUAAAA